AUGUCGGGCAUUCGCUACUCCAUUGAGGAGAAGACAAACAUGAUAUUGGCACUUGGUGCUACCAACAUGAAUUUCGACGCUGCUGCUGCAUUUUACAGCGAACGAUUUUCGAGCGAGAAUGCGCCAAGCGCUAGAACAAUCCGACGGGUCUACAAAACGCUCAGCGAAAGUGGUUCAUUCACGCCACCCGUAAAGCGUCGCCGACCUAGCCAGCAUGAAGGCACAAUCCUUGCAGCUGUUUCGCAAGACCCGCAUGAGAGUGUGCGACGUAUUUCCAAUGAAACUGGUGUGGCUGCAACAACAGUAUGGAGAGUACUUAAUCGCGCCAAAUAUCAUCCGUACCACCUGAGUUUGCAUCAGGCCCUGCACGACGAUGAUUUUGCGAAGCGCAUCGAGUUCUGCAACUGGGUCCUGAAUAUGCAGGAUGCACAGGGCACUUUCUCUGAAAAUGUAUUAUGGACAGAUGAAGCGCAUUUUUCACGAGACGCGCAGGUAAACCUGCAUAAUGCCCACUAUUGGAGUACCGAAAACCCUCACUGGAUACGUGCAGGAAAAUACCAAGUGAAGUGGUCCUUCAACGUUUGGGCAGGAAUGUUCAAUGGCCGCAUGCUUGGACCUGUGUACUACACGGAGAACCUGACUAAACAACGAUAUGUACAGGAGAUUCUCAUGAAGACAAUUUCAGACUUUCUGGAUGAGCUGCCUCUGAAUGAACGCUCCAGAUUGUGGUUUCAGCAUGACGGGGCUCCACCGCAUUCGUCUUCCAAAGCCACAGACUUCCUGCGCAGUCACUUCGGCGAGAAAUGGAUCGGUCGCCAUGGUCCCGUGCCCUGGCCCCCGCGGUCCCCUGACAUCACUCCCCUGGACUUUUUUCUAUGGGGCAUGAUCAAAGACUCAGUGUAUCAGUGCGAAUCGAGGUCACCAGAAGAACUUCAAGAGAAGAUCACCAGCUUCUGUCGAUGCCUUUCGCGAAAGGCGCUUCAGAGUGCCGCGAAGAGUGUGCUAUACCGCUGUCAGCUCUGCAUCGGCGAGGACGGGAAACAUUUUGAACAUCUGCUCUAA